UCGUUUGAAGACCACGGCUCGUUACAAUACUCAUCGAUUGUGGAAUUGAUGUUCCUAUUAAUGUUAAUUUAUGAAAUUUCGCUGAUUUUCCUCCGGCUUGAUUGCAACGUGUUGUUAUUUUUUUUUUCGAAACUAAUGUUUUAGAAUUAAAUUCAACUAUAUCAUUAUGCCGUGCGAAAUGAUAACGGUCCAAUUGGGACAAUGUGGGAACCAAAUUGGUUUUGAAUUUUGGAAAAAAUUGUGUGCAGAACAUGGUAUCAAUCCUGAAGGAGUAUUGGAACCUUUUGCCACAGAAGGUGUUGGUGAUAGAAAAGACGUAUUUUUUUAUCAAGCUGAUGAUAAUCAUUAUGUACCACGAGCUGUUUUAUUGGAUUUGGAACCUCGUGUCAUUCACUCUAUCAUGUCAUCCAAUUAUUCUAAACUGUACAAUCCUGAAAAUGUCUAUUUAUCUAAACAUGGUGGUGGAGCUGGAAAUAAUUGGGCGUCAGGUUUCAGUCAGGGUGAAAGACUACAAGAAGAAGUAUUUGAUAUAUUAGAUCGCGAAGCUGAAGGUGGUGAUAGUCUUCAAGGAUUUGUUUUGUGUCAUUCUAUUGCAGGCGGAACAGGUUCAGGCAUGGGAUCGUAUAUACUUGAACAUUUAACUGAUCGAUAUCCUAAAAAAAUUAUUGAAACUUAUAGUGUUUUUCCAAAUCAAGAUGAAAUUAGUGAUGUAGUUGUACAACCUUAUAACUCAUUGUUGACAUUAAAGCGACUUGCUCAAAGUGCUGAUUGCGUGGUAGUCUUAGAUAAUACAGCUUUGAAUCGAAUUGCUACUGAUCGUCUGCACAUAGAAAAUCCAUCAUUUGCUCAAAUAAAUUCAUUAGUAUCCACUAUUAUGUCCGUCUCUACUGCUACUUUAAGAUAUCCAUCAUAUAUGAACAAUGAUUUGGUUGGUCUCAUUGGACCAUUGAUACCAUCACCACGUUUACACUUUCUCAUGACAGGUUAUACACCAUUAACUACUGAUCAUGAGGAUGCUAAUAUUCGUAAAACUACAGUUUUUGACGUUAUGCGAAGGUUAUUACAACCUAAAAAUAUGAUGGUGUCUACAGCACAAGAAAGAUCUACUAUACCACAUUGCUACUUAUCAAUAUUAAAUAUAAUUCAAGGUGAUGUUGAUCCUGCACAAGUGUAUAAAUCUCUCCAAAGAAUUAGAGAACGAAAAACUGUGAAUUUCAUUAAUUGGGGCCCAUCUAGUAUACAAGUUGCUCUCUCCAAAAAGUCUCCUUAUGUUCCCACUGCACAUCGUGUUUCUGGUCUUAUGCUAGCUAACCAUACAAGCAUAUCUCAACUUUUUCAAAGAGUUCUGGACCAGUAUGAUAAACUACGACACAGAGAAGCGUUUUUGGAUCAAUUCCGUAAACAAAAUAUGUUUAAAGAUGAUCUAUGUGAAAUGGAUGAUUCUAGGGCUGUGGUUCAAAACCUUGUGGAUGAGUAUUUGGAAGCUACUAAAGACACAUAUCUUCAAUGGCAGCCUAAUAAUAGCAUUAAUUAAUAAA